GGACCUGGCCAACAAAGAAAAAUAUACUACAUUGAGUUCAGGACACCCAUCGGUCCAAGCUCGAGGCAGAUCCGGCGAUGAGAAUACCUUGCCGCAAAGCAAUGUCACGGGUUGCUUUGUUUUGAUGAGAUCUUAUAAACCGUGAGCCCGUCGACUUCACUUUCUGCAGCGAGGCACGUAGCAAAGUACGAAUGAAGCACCGAUGUCGUGAUGGGCCAGUACGAAUCCAGUGAUACCGGUACGAAUAAAGUACGGGAGUCCGUCCAAUGACCGCAGCCAACCCAUAUCCAGUAUGACCGCCGUCAGUCCGGUACAUAAAAUGAACAGAUGACCUACAUGCUUUGAGCACCCGAGGCCUUUUUCUACUCUUCGAGGUCUGAGUUUGUGUCUUCGAUUUCACCAUGGCGUCCUCCCAACAAAAAUAUCCUGAAGAGCUUCAGUCCUCCGAAGAAUUGCAGUUACAGCGAUCACUUCAAGCAGAGGAACACAAGAAAUUGCGCCGUAAAGUAUUAUGGAAGCUGGAUGUACACAUCUUACCACCACUGGCUCUGCUAUGGCUCGCAAAUUUUAUUGACAGAACCAACGUUGGAAACGCCAGGAUUGCCGGCCUUGAAACCGAUACUCACUUGGUUGGAAAUCAAUUCAACAUCGCAUUAGCAGAGUCCACGCCCACUAAUGUUUCUUUAGCCUCUAAUUGGGUCCUCAAGAAAUUGAAAGCCAAUCGGUGGCUUCCAUUUAUAGUUCUCUGCUGGGGUGCAGUUACUACCCUAAGUGGCCUCAUUCACAAUUUCGCAGGAUUGGUCGCCAUUCGCGUCUGUCUUGGGUUUUGCGAAGGAGGGCUCCUCAGUGGAAUAGUUCUGUAUUUGAGUACCAUAUAUAAGCCUCAUGAAUUGCAGCUCAGAAUCGGCAUAUUCUAUGCGUCAGCCUCGCUCUCAGGAGCUUUCGGAGGCCUUCUUGCUACGGCUAUCCUAAAAAUGGACGGCAUUGGUGGUUUGGCAGGAUGGCGAUGGAUCUUCAUUCUCGAAGGAAUCGCCACAUGCCUACUCAGUAUCAUGUCAACUUUUGUGUUACCAGCAGAUCUCUCUACAGCUUAUUUUUUGACAGAGGAAGAAAGAGAAUAUGCAGUGCAGCGGUUUCAUGAUUCACAGGUAUUGACCUCUGCGGUACCUGCUCCGAAUGCUAUGUCUGGGGGAACGGAUAUGUUUGCCAAGUCAGAUAUCGAUCAACUACACCAACAAUCGAAUACGCUAGGCUCACCACAAGCUGAAGAGGAGUUCGAAUGGAGAGAAGUUGUUCGAGGUAUAACUGAUCCUCAGUGUUGGUUGACCGGUGUCGCAUAUGGUUGUAUCCUUGUGAGCCUGUACUCUUUCUCGUUGUUCCU